AUGUUCAGUGAGGUUCUUUCCCGUACUCCAUUUUGGGCGGUCGAAAAAUUCAGAUUCCUAAACAAAGAAUGUAGCAAGACAACUUACACUUCUAAGUUUCUGAAACUGAAUCUCGAAAGAACCGAAACCAUUUGCGGCUACUUCCUCCAGUACUCGAGAAGGCUAACUCUACGCUCUUUUUUCGUCGAAGCUCUCGGAAACGAACCUGGUGGGACUCAUGAAGUCUCGCUAGAUUUUCUUCCGAUGGGAAUAACGAUUGAAGCUUGUGACGCAAGUCAUGGGAUCUUGCUUUGUGUUGACGAUCGUCCGUUAACGGAGUACAUCAUCUGCAAACCAACAACGAAACAGUACCUGGUCUUACCCCAACCCAAAAACCAGUCUAUCACCGUAGCUACCGGUUUAAUGGUUAUUGGCUCUAACCCUUUUCGGUACAAGAUCCUCAGGCUCUCACAUGUCUGUUACAUGGAGAAUCAAAGGUACACUUUCAAUACUAGUUUCGUCUGUGAAGUUUUCGACUCGGAUACGUUUGCAUGGAAAAGGUUGAACAAUUUGGAACUAGUGGAAGGAGACAUGUUGAGUUAUUGGAACUCUAAACCGACAUCUUCUUACGGGUUUUUGCAUUGGUUAACCCGCAAGCAUGUGAUCCGGUUUUGUUUCGAAACCGAAGCUUGGUCAUACUCUCCGGUUCCUGAGGAUAUAGCAAGCGGUAACUCUCAAGAUUUGUCAAGCUACGAAGGUAAGCUUGCGAUUAUAAGUUCGAGAACCAAGGAUGGACUGAACUAUGAGGAGGUAUGGGUUUUGAAAAGCCCUUUUGGGGGUUCUUGGGUAAAUGUUAAAGAGUUUCCUAAAGACUUAAGCCUCAAAACCGUGGGCUUCUUAAGCAACGACGUCGUAACGCUGGCUGACAAGAACCAAAUCUGCUUACGCAACAUGAAUAACGGAGAAUCUGAGAUUUUACAAAUAAGGGCUCCAAAUUACUCCCCUCCCAAUAUUUCGACCAUUUUUUAUUUUCUUCUCUUUUCUGAUCACAAAAGAGUUGAAUUUGACGCGAGACCCAACGACUCUGAAUAA